AUGUCUGCCAUCCGCGACGAAAACGCACCGCUGCGCGUCCGCGGCCAGCUAAAGCCCAAGACAUCCACUCUGGGCGCUGGCCUCCGCAAGCCCGGGGCCACCACCGCGCGCACCCCUCUCGGCAAGACCCCCACCAGCUCCAGCAGCACGAAACGCCCUCUGGGCAACAGCGGCAGCGAGAACCAGCCACCGAGCACCCGGCCCAAACCCAAGACACCCGGCGACAAGCUCAAGACCCCCGCGACCUCGGACACGGGCAAGAGCAGCGACAAGACCGCCAGCGCCAGUGGCGGCGACAAGUUCAAGACCCCGCGCCGCGCCCUGUCGGCUGUGACGCCUGCGCCGGCGUUCUCGGCGUCGCAGUUCGUGACGCCCGCGCCGCGCCAGCCCCAGUCCCAGCACCGCAGCACCGACACGGGGGACAUGUUCAAGACCCCGCGUCCGCGCGCCCCUCCGCUCGGCACCAAGUCGUCCGCCCAGACGCGUACGCAGACACGCACGCCGGGGACCGGCAGCACGGGCAUGAGCACGGGCUCGAGCUCGAGCUCGCGGACGGCCCGUGGCCCGCCCCCGCCGCGCGGCGCUGUGCGCCGUCCCACGCCCAAGCGCGCCAUCAGCGUGCGUGCCGACGAGAGCAUCGAGUAUGCCGCUCCCACAGCCCUCGACCGCGCUUACGAAAUGUCCAUGCAGCCCAGCCGCAAGGCCGCGGCGCUCGAGGCGGCCAUGUUUGCGCACGACGCCGAUCUCCCCGUCCCGACACUCGACGAGGACGAGUUUGCGCUCGACCUCCCGCCCAUGACCGACCUGGGCGACGACUUUACCUUUGACCUGUGA